AUUAGGGUUCCUCUGUCGUCCCCACACCUUCCCUAUACUGGUAGCUCUGCCCUUAGGGGACGGUGGGUGAAGUCCCCACGCACUUAUUUGGAACUCUCAGAGUAUGAGGCCUCCUGUGGCUCCCUAGGGCGGCUACUCUGGGAUUCCCCACUUCCCCCGGGUCACUCCUUUCGGCACUUUUGUUGCUGCGUCUACCACCCACCCCCUCCGGGACACUCCCACGGGAGACGCCAGGGCACUUGGGUUGGGACCUUGGGGGGUGCACAGUUGGUGGGACAGCCCCUGUAUCCCCGCCCCGCCUGGACUGCGUCGGGCGAGGGCGCAGAGAAGGCCCACGCUACAGAGCGAGUGGUAACAGCAGCCGCUUCGCCCUAGCCGGAGAGUGCAAAGUCAUGGCAGGCUGGAUCCAGGCACAACAACUUCAAGGGGAUGCCCUCCGCCAGAUGCAGGUCCUCUAUGGACAACACUUCCCCAUCGAAGUCCGCCACUACUUGGCUCAGUGGAUUGAGAGCCAGGCUUGGAAUUCCAUUGACCUGGACAAUCCCCAGGACAGUGUCCAAGCUGCUCAGCUCCUAGAGGGCCUGAUCCAAGAGCUACAGAAGAAGGCUGAACACCAAGUCGGGGAAGAUGGGUUUUUACUGAAGAUCAAGCUAGGACAUUAUGCCACUCAGCUGCAGAGCACUUAUGACCGCUGCCCCAUGGAGUUGGUCCGAUGCAUCCGGCACAUAUUAUACAAUGAACAGAGGCUGGUCCGAGAAGCUACCAAUUGUAGCUCUCCAGCUGGGAACCUGGCUGAUGCUAUGUCCCAGAAACACCUGCAGAUCAACCAGACUUUUGAGGAGCUGCGACUGGUCACUCAGGACACAGAGAAUGAGCUGAAGAAGCUGCAGCAGACUCAGGAGUAUUUCAUCAUCCAGUACCAGGAGAGCCUCAGAAACCAGGCUCAGUUUUCCCAGCUGUCACAGCUGAGCCCCCAGGAACGCUUGACAAGGGAAACAGCACUUCAGCAGAAGCAGGUGUCCCUGGAGGCCUGGCUGCAGCGGGAGGCCCAGACUCUCCAGCAGUACCGCGUGGAGCUAGCAGAGAAACAUCAGAAGACCCUCCAGCUGCUCCGGAAGCAGCAAACUGUCAUUCUGGAUGAUGAGCUGAUCCAGUGGAAGAGAAGGCAGCAGCUGGCCGGGAACGGGGGGCCUCCAGAGGGCAGCCUGGACGUCCUGCAGUCUUGGUGCGAGAAGUUGGCCGAGAUCAUCUGGCAGAACCGGCAGCAGAUCAGGAGGGCUGAGCAUCUUUGUCAGCAGUUGCCCAUUCCUGGACCUGUGGAGGAGAUGCUGACUGAGCUCAAUGCCACCAUCACAGACAUCAUCUCUGCCUUGGUGACCAGCACCUUCAUCAUUGAGAAGCAGCCCCCUCAGGUCCUGAAGACACAGACCAAGUUUGCAGCUACAGUGCGUCUCCUGGUGGGUGGGAAGUUGAAUGUGCACAUGAACCCUCCUCAAGUGAAGGCCACCAUCAUCAGUGAGCAGCAGGCCAAGUCUUUGCUGAAGAACGAGAACACUCGAAAUGAGUGCAGUGGGGAGAUUUUGAACAAUUGCUGCGUGAUGGAGUAUCACCAGGCAACAGGCACCCUCAGCGCACACUUCAGGAAUAUGUCCCUGAAGAGGAUUAAGCGGGCAGACAGGCGGGGUGCAGAGUCAGUGACGGAGGAAAAAUUCACAGUCCUGUUCGAGUCUCAGUUCAGCAUUGGGGGAAAUGAGCUUGUGUUUCAAGUUAAGACCCUGUCCCUUCCAGUGGUAGUCAUUGUUCAUGGGAGCCAGGACCACAAUGCAACAGCCACGGUGCUAUGGGACAAUGCAUUUGCUGAGCCCGGCCGGGUGCCAUGCGUACCUGACAAAGUACUGUGGCCCCAGCUGUGCGAGGCUCUCAACAUGAAGUUCAAGGCAGAAGUCCAGAGCAACCGAGGCCUGACGAAGGAGAACUUGGUGUUCCUGGCUCAGAAACUGUUCAACAGCAGCAGCAACAACAUGGAGGAUUACAACAGCAUGGCCAUCUCUUGGUCCCAGUUCAACAGGGAGAAUCUGCCAGGCUGGAAUUACACAUUCUGGCAGUGGUUUGAUGGGGUGAUGGACGUACUGAGGAAGCAUCACAAGCCCCAUUGGAAUGAUGGGGCCAUCCUGGGUUUUGUGAACAAACAGCAGGCCCAUGACCUGCUCAUCAACAAACCCGAUGGAACUUUCCUGCUGCGAUUCAGUGACUCUGAAAUUGGGGGCAUCACCAUCGCCUGGAAGUUUGAUUCCCCCGAUCGGAACCUGUGGAACCUGAAGCCAUUCACAGCAAAGGAUUUCUCCAUUCGAUCCCUGGCGGACCGCCUGGGAGACCUGACCUAUCUCAUCUAUGUAUUCCCAGACCGACCCAAGGAUGAAGUUUUCUCCAAGUAUUACACCCCUGUGCUUGGUAAAGCUGUGGAUGGAUAUGUGAAACCACAGAUCAAGCAGGUGGUUCCAGAGUUUGUCAGUGCAUCUGCAGAUUCUUCAGGAGGCAGUGCCACAUUCAUGGAUCAGGCCCCAUCCCCAGCUGUGUGCUCCCAGUCUCAUUAUAACGUGUAUCCCCAGAACCCUGACUCUGUCCUUGAUCCUGAUGCGGAUUUUGACCUGGAUGAAACGAUGGACGUAGCAAGACAUGUUGAAGAACUUUUAAGCCGACCGAUGGACAGUCAGUGGAUCCCCCACACCCAGUCAUGACUUCUUACCCCUCCACUCCAUGUCUCCUCACCCUCUUCCCUCUUUUCACUGAUUGGUGUGAAAUCCAUGCAUCAUUGGAGACAGUACUCAAAAUGUGAAGUGUUGAUGGUUGUUGGGACCUCGGGAUUUCUGUGUAUGUGAUGCCAGUGGGGUGGGUGGCUUCUUCCCCUACUGUCUAGUGUUUGCCAGCAUCUUCAGGGCCUCAGGGACUGUGACUAUUUUUUUCUCUUGUCUAAAAGCCAGUCCAUAAGCUUUGAUUGUUAGGAGGGAAAGGGAAGGGGUGGGUGGGGGGAAUGUUUUCUUUUUUUCUUUUGCCCUGUUAGCAGCAGUAGGUGGGGCAGGAUUGUCUGAGAGGAGUGGGAGGCAGGACAUUAUUUCCCCAUGUGCUGAUCUGAGUGGCUUCCCAAAUGCACCUGUACGUAUGUGUGUGCACUAGUCUAUGCUCACACACACACGUCUGUGUAUAAUUAGUCAAUCCAGGUAGUACAGUAGAAAGCCCUGGAUUCGAAGCCCAAAGGCCUGGAUUUUAAUUAUGGCUCUUCCUCUGUGUUACUCUUGUGCAACCUACUUGAUCUCCUCAGUUUCCAUAUUGGUAAGGAAUUGGACCAGAGCACCUUCAAGAGCCUAUUCAGCUCAAAAUCUAUGGUCCUACAAUCCCAUGCACAGAAGGGUCUGGGCUAGAACUCCUGGGAAUGCUUUACAGAUUGACCCAACCAUGCCCCCAGACUGUCCAGAAAGGGUUAACUAGAAACAAGCUGUGGUGUAAAGAGCUGCCUUGUUCCUGUGAGUGGUUGCUAGACCUCUUCCUCUCUCUUGGGUCAGAGGUCCUGACCCUUUAGGCCUGUUUUAAGUCUGUUUUCUUUUCCUUACCCACAUCCCCUCCCCCCCCAUGCACUCGAGCAUGAGUCCGCAUGCGCGCACGCACACACACACACACACACACACACACACACACACACAUACACGCACUCAUGCACACAUACCAUGACCUUGGCAAUGACCAGAAAACAGGAUGGCCUUGGCAGCAGGAGAGGGAAGAUGUCAGGAACACAGUAAGCAGGACUUAAAGUCUUAAAAAAAAAUUCUGUCAGAGAAAAGAGAAACUACAACUGUAUCUAUGACUGAUUCCAGAAGCUGAUCUUUGGUGCCCUUGGGAGUCUCAUUGCAAAUGGUUUUGGUACUGACAGGAGCCUUCCCCUAGUCUUGCAUUUCUGUCAGCUACCCAAUAUCCCUUUCAGCUAACCUAGCAGGCUGGAGAUUAGAAAGAGUUAGGUUUACAAAGUGGGGGAACAUCUAUCUAUGCUGUAGUGGGAAGUGAGGGUUAAGAUUAGAGGUUGGAAUGACUUUGAGAUCAGAGCAGGUAGGGGCCAGAGGAUGACACCAUAUACUUUUUGUACUUUGUACAAAACAUUUGGAUAAAGUGAAGAAAUGCUGUUUUUGAAUAAAAUGCUUUUUAAGAA